AUGUUUACAGAUUAACAAAUUUCAGGGCUUUCAUCUGUGAAACAUUUGCUCUCGAGCGGGAACGAAGAAGAAUGGAAAGCGAGGAACCCUCAAUUCACUUCAAUUGCUUCGUGCAUUAUCCAGGCUUUACGGAAGAGGGGCUAGAGGAACAAACUGUCGCGCGCGGAAAUGGUAUUCAACUAUCUCCCAAGACUCAACUUUCUAGUCUCGCAGCGAGCGUUUUGAGCGAGAUGUUUCAAAAGCAAGAAAUUGACGGCAAAGUUAUAAUGAAAGCGGACAACGCGAAAGGUGAGUGCGUGAGAUUUGCUCGUCCUUAGAUUUGCAUUGUUACUCGUACCUGUACCUGUUGUAGAGUUCAGCGUCAAACUGGCCUUAAAAUACUUUUAAUGAUAUCCGUGCUCAUUUUAUUGAUCUGCUUUCAUUAGAAAUAAAAUCGGCCAUGCGCGUCCAUAUGAAAGGUGAAAACCAUCAGAAGAGAUUCCCGUUUUCGGAAGAAACAUAUCGGAAAAUACUCUCCUUACAAAGGAAUUGUUGCUCAUCCAUUGACCUGCUUUUAAAAAGAAAAUAUCACCUGGUGAAUGUUGCGUUAAUUUCAACGUGUUGUUCCAAGAAUACGGACGUUUUGAAAGGCUAGUUUUUUUAAAUCACCUUCAGUGAUGUUAAGUAUCAGAGAUGUAAUUUUCUAGAAAUAAUUUUUGUCCUUUAGAAAAAAUAAAGAAUCCUAGAGAGCUUGAGAAAACCUUCACAUCAUGAAACUCAAUAAUUAAUUACUUUUAAAUCAAUUAUCCACAUCUUUCCUGCCGCCUGUUUAUUUUCUCUUCCCCAUAGUAAGCAGUGUCAUAAAGUACCGUCUUAAACUUCUGGUGUUAUCAUGCGUACGCUGAAAGGAUGAAAAUGUUAUUUGAUUUGGCAGUGAGUAGGGGGUGAGGUGGGUAGAGAUGAAUGGCACCCCUCCCCACCCCACCCCUCACAAAGACACAUAGAAGGAAAAGGUUUCAUGAACACAAGGCUGUGCUCUAAAGAAAAAUAAAUUGAAGGGAGCGUAGUGUUCUGAACCUGCGAAAUCCAGGGUGCCCAGAAGAUAUGCUCUCUAUGAAAAAAGUAAAGUUUUCAAGGUGCUCGUGAACUAGCUACAAAUCAUGCCGAAGUUCAAUGCAUACUUUAGGUACAUUUGUGUUUAUAAGAUUGAUGUUUACUAUUUACGGCUGUUACAUUUAAUUUCCAUUCACGCUCGUUACUGCUUUGUACCACUUAAUGACAUUUAUGAAACUGAACCCCUGGGUAAUGCUCCCUUAUCUGUCAAAUAUGAUCCCCCAAAACCAAUGAAGAUUUUGAAAAUGACCCCCCAGUAAAAUGGUCAGCCCCUCUCACAGGCAAUAAGUGACCAGUCCCUUAGGUCAGCUCCUGGUUAUUUGGUAGGAGUGCAUCACAUUUUUUAUGAGCUGGUUUUACUAUCUUUGGUUUUAUUAGUGAGACAUUCAAAAUGUUGUUGAGCCUGCUAGAAUUGUAGCCAGAUUUAAUUAGUGCAAAUUUUUUUGGAAAUGACUUGAUUUGUUGGUAAAACUUUUUGUGUGGCCAAAGUUAAAACACGAUGAACAACACUUUUAAAACGGCAAAACAAAAAUGAUAGAAUACUUUUCAACAGGUCAAAGAACUGAUUUUGAAGUUGAAUAUUAUUUUACGAAACCUAAUUAUAUAGUGUUUGAGACACAGUCUUUAAAGCCAUACCUUAAUGGGACCAUGGUACAGAUUGGUGUACUGAAGCAAGAACAGCCAGUUAUAUCCUUUGAAUUCUUGAAUUCCUUUCUUACAUGAUAUUUGGUAAGGGUAUUGUUAUCAAGCAGAUGUUUUUCUUUAUUCCUAAAGUUCAAACUUCCUGGUGUGGUUUAACUCACCAUGUGAUGUACAGUCAAAGCUGCAUGACCAUUCAUAAAGAAGUUCAAAUUUCUAUCAGCUUCAUUAUCAAUUCUUCCUUUUUUCCUUUUACUGAAAGCUUCAGUAUCGUUUGUUUUCAAAGAAUUUUGUAAUUUAUUGGAUUUGUUUUUCUUCCAAGUUUCCAUUUUGAGUAGUCACACUGUAAAUUUAACAAUGCUUGUAAGCAACGUAACUGUCUUGCUCUGAAACAAACAUGAUCUUAGCUCUAAACAUGGUGGUAAUCUUCUUCUUAAUCUGUUUGUUAACAGUGUUUAUUCAAGUGCGAGACCACUGGAAACCACAUCCACUAGCAGAUUUCACUAGAGAGGGAGAUUUGGAAGUAUCUUUACAUGAAACGUUUGGAGAAAUAUUGUUUGCCAAAGAUGCUGUGAUAAGCAUUCAUGUCCAUCUGUGUUACGAGUAAGUCUGUUAUUUUAAUACAUCAUAUUACGUACCUUCUUGUGGUUCUGCCAGAACCUUGAUAUAGCAAACAACAAUCGCCUGCCUUUCGUUAAAUCAAGGUUCCACUGUAGACCAUUCUUAACCUUAAGUGACCUCUGGUAGGGUUCAUACAGAGUCUUGAAUUUUCCAGACCUGGAAAAAGUCUGGAAAAUGAAGGUAAAGUCUGGAAAAGUGGUAAGAAGUCUCGAGUUUUAUAUUCAAAGCUACAACAGGUGCUUUAUAUAAAGUCUGGAAAAAGUCUUGAAUUUUGGAUCCAAAAAUCUGUACAAACCCUGUCUGUUAGUCUCCCUCGCGGCAGUUUUUGUCUCAUCACAUAAUAGUCCUCCUCAACAAACAGCUGAUAACAUUCAAAACCACAUUCCUUUCCAAUAAUUGUUUCGUUCAUCCACAGAAAUGACCAAUCAUUUAUCAGUAAACUGAAAAUAACGCCAAUUUUUGCACAAAGAAUGCGCUUCUGUGAUUUCCGGUUGCAUCAGAGGUGUCAGCCGUGAUGGGCCAGGUUCUAUUUUGCUAAAUUAUUAAAACUGAAUCGAAGAUUGAGGUUUUGCGUGGAAAAAACUGAAAAGCACUUUUUGCCCUGAAAUGGUUGACUGUAUAAUGCUUGGUAUAAAAGCUGGAUCAAGCUGGACCAUUGAGGGAAUUUUUUUUUUGGCAAGAAACAGCUAAUUGUUAUCAGAUUAUUAGCAUUUUUCAUCAGUCCUGUCACAUGUAGACGUAGACCAGAUAAGAUUAGGUAAAGCAUACGCGUUUCUGAAAUAAUAAUCAUUUAAAGAAUUGCAAAAAACACAAAUACUGCUUUGAGUGGACAUUAGUUUCAAUUCUCACCGGGAUAAGUAGUCAAAUCGUAGCAUAUUCAAAACAAAAAAUGUAUAUGACGAGGCAAAUAUUAACAACUUUCUAGGAGACAACUUGAUGCCAUAAAUGAUAUGAUAGAAUACAGGUUUAUAAUGAUUGGAUGGCACGUGAAAGGAUUAUUUCGUGUAAAACAGUUCCAGAAAAUAGAACCAUAGCUGUGAUUGGUUCAGAUCGGGAAGGGAAUGUGGUUCAAAGGUGAGCAGCUGUUUGUUGGGGAGGAGUGUUGUGUGACAAGCCAAAAAUGGCUGCGAGGGAGACUACCUGUCUGUGGAUUGGCCUUUAAAUUUGUACUAAAAUCUUUCUUUUUUGAAAGGUUUUUUCCUGAUUUGAACAGACUAUCCAGCAUGAAAACUGGUGUAGUAGAAAAAGAAGCUCUCCCUUUAGUCUAAAGUUUCAGAACUACAAAAAAAAAUACAUUUAAUUCAGACACUUGGUUGUUUUCACCUUACUUAGAAGCAUCUGACCUGUAUACUGCACAGUAAACUCUUUUAAAGGUGGACAAUGUUGGGUUGAGCAGACAUAGAGACAUGUCUGCCUGAUUGACAGGUAGUAAAAAAAAAUGACUUAAGAGCCCGGUUAUCCAGGAUGGCUUGGCUCACGUCUUGUUUCCUUUUAAAGUUUCUGUUGUGUUUAUAUGAGGCUGGCCCGUUUGCCAAGAUCUUGGCUUGAACAACCAGGACCUUGGGAAGUUGGGUCAGCCCACCAUCUCAUAUAACACACAAGAUUGUUAUGAGGAAACAAGGCAUGAGCUGAACUAGCCCUGUGAACUUGACUGGCUCAUCUCAUGUAAAAAGACCCUUUUAAUUGCAUUGAUGUAAUUAAAUGCAGGUGGCCAUUUUAGCGAGUUAAAAUUACAAAAAAAUAGUAACUGUAUUUUUGUUAAUGCAGUAAAGAUUGGGACGACCAAAAAGUUAAGGCAGCUAUCAAAAAGCUUCUAGAACACUACAGCCAAACACACCUGGAACGUAUGAUGUGUCCUUUUUCUCAGGUAAUUUAUUUUAUUUUAACUUGGAAUCUGGAUAAACAUCGACUGUAAAAUUCCUUAAUGUACACUGAAAUGCUCUCAUUCUUAAUCUAUACAUUGUGUAUUAACAAAGGUUGUUAAUUUCUCCUGUUGCCUUAAAAAGGGAGCACAGUGUUCUUUUUAAAGUCAGGGUACAUAAAAGGCAUACAAUCAACUCGUAAUUGCUUGCCAAAAAACUGCAUUAAAGCCAGAGGUUAAAAGUAAACAAUAAACUAAAUAGCCUGCUUUUUUUGCUUGAUAGAAGAUGUGUACGUUUUGGAUAAUAAGAUUGGUUAGGAAAGAGUAAACCAAAAACAUAAGAAAUCAGGCCAAGAUUUUCAAGUUUGAUCGUUAUUUUAAGUGGAAAAUCACCUAAAAUCAUAACUUUCACCUUUGAGACUAAAUGGUUUGUUGUUCUCCUGUAAUUUUGCUUCAGUGAAUGCAACAUCAUGGUUUUUUCCCAGUUUACUGUAGUGAUACUGCCCUGUUAUGGGAGCUUUUUUGUUUGUAAUAUUUAUUGUUCCAUCAACAUUAUUUGCCAUGACUUGUCUCUGACAUAAUUAUGUUGGGUGAAAUAGUGUAUUUUUUUUAAACAAAUGAUUUAAGUAAAUGAUACUUUUUGUUGUAGGGUAUGCUGUCACAAAUAUCAAGAGACCAAUAUCCCUGCCGUCUUUCAUCUGAAAAGAUUAAGCUUUUUGCGGCGUGGUAUGAACAUUCUCAAUUAAGCAAGGAACAAGAAGAGGAAGGCUCGAUGUCUCCUGGAAGGAAAAUGCUUUUCACUCCACGCGGGAAGAAGAUUGUGUUCAAUGCUGCAGUGGAAAUUCCACUUUUGAGAAAGUGGUAUGAGGAGAAUCCUAAACCAGAUCUAAAGGAUUUAACAGGAUAUGCUGAAAUCCUGAACAGUUUGGAAGAACGAAAGUCAAAGGAACAAGUACUGGCUCGUCAUGUGAAUACUUGGUUCAAAAAUGAAAGAGCAAGGUUAAGGAGGGAAGGACUUUUAGAGGACUUGUCCAGACCUUCCAUGGCUGUUGUAACUACUUCUUAGCCAAUCAUAAUAUUAUUUUAAAACAAGUCUUAUUAAUGUAAAAUAUAAUAUUACAUGUAAACAAGUCUUUUCUCUGCUAGCACAAUGUACAUUUUGUAUCCUGUUAAUGAUCAACCCCUAAUUUAAAAAAAAUGAUAGCAAAGGGGUUGGAGUAAGCACUUUCCCAAAAACAAAGCUGGCUGCUUCCAGGGAACUAGACUUUCUCAAAGGACAUUUCCAAUUUCUACCGUUUAGGUCGUCUGUUGGGAAACGGUUACACUGUUGCUAUGGUGACCUUUCAUUCUUGUGAUUGCAUGGGGACUAUUCAAGUGAAAAAGACGAGUAAGUUGUGUUUAAAUAGUUCAUUCCAGUGCAAGUUUUGGAAAAUGCUGAACAGUUUAGGGCGGCUAUCGAAAAUCACAUGAUAGACUACUAAGUUUUAGGAAGGAAAAUGUAUUGAUAACUAGUAACCUUUUUUAAUUGCAAAUCUAGCUUAUACCCUCUCACCUCUACAGAAUCUGCAAUGUAAGAUAAACUGUUGGUUCCCUGCGUGAUUUUUACCUUUUGAUUUGCUCAUGAAAAUACAGUGGAUAUAUACAGACAAUAUGAACAGUAUUUAUUGCUAAAUUUCAUAUAUUUAUUUAUUAUUAUGUACUAUACAUGUAGAAGACUCG